UGAGCUCCGCCGAGCUGGCCGGGCGGGCCCAGAGCUCUCGUGGGCAGAGCGGGGCCCGACGAGACGGUAAUGCCAGUUCGGCCAGAGCCCCGCCGCCUUAGGGACGCAGCAACUUGGGGAGGGUCACAGGGCUCAGGACUAAAGAGCAUUGAGCUGGCCGCUCCCGCCGGAAGUCGCAGUCUUGGAGUCUUGGUCCCCCCCAGGAGCGAAGAGAACCUCAGCCCCGCGGGUAGGACCAGUGGCACCGCCAUGGGACAGGUAGAGCGAGUCUGAGGCAGUGGAUGAACAGACAGAAGCUGAACGCUCCUCAAAAAGGAUGUGUAAGAGGACCCCGCGGAACUGGGGCACAGGCGACUGGCUGCUGGCACUUUGCCUGGUCUGGCUGUGGACCCUCCUGGCCUCGGCUCCCUUGCAGCCUCCAACUCCCACAGGCCCCGUGAAGCAGGGCACCUGCGAGGUGACAGCCUCUCAUCGCUGCUGCAACCGGAACCGCAUGGAGGAGCGCUCCCAGACGGUGAAGUGCUCUUGCUCUUCCGGCCAGGUGGCUGGCACCACGCGGGCACAGCCCUCCUGCGUGGACGCCUCCGUGGUCCUGCAGAGGUGGUGGUGCCAGAUGGAGCCCUGCCUGCAGGGGGAGGAGUGCAGAGUGCUCCCAGACCUGUCGGGAUGGAGCUGCAGCAGUGGACACAAAGUCAAAACCACCAAGGUGACACGAUAGCUCUUGGGGUCACGGCCUGGGAAGAACAGCUUGGCUGAGCCAUGGACUGAAGCAUGGUAUCCAGUUAUCAGCCAGCAAAUUUGGAGGUUCACUUACCUGGACACAUGCCCCAUGCCGAAGGCAGCAUCCCUGUUUCUAGGGGCAGUUAAGCUGCUCAGCAGAUAUGGACAGAUCUCCAGCCACAUGCCUAGUGGUGGGCUGGGCUCUCCUGGGGGACACAGCAGAAGGUCAAGAUACAAUACCUGCCCUCAAGGAGUGUCCAGUCAAGUUGGAGAGUUGACAAAAGACAAUUUAGGUCAUUUAAAGCGUGUGGUACCAGACUCUGGCUUCUGGGCUGUAGGCUGUGCAGGUGGGGGGUUGGGGGAUGGGACUCCACAGCUCUUCAGCCACCCCCGGGGCACGGCACAAAGAUAAGAGGUCAUAUUCACCACCCACCACUUUGCUCCCUCACGUAAAUCCACAUCCCAGGCAGGCUGCUAACAUGUUGAAGGAAGACGAACCCCUGUGCCAUACUGUCUGUCAUUGGAUGGGCCUGGCUUGACUUGGGGAAGGAACGCAGCGAUACAGCCAAACUUUCCAGCGAAGCUUCUGCAGAGGUGUGGCCUGGUUUGGGCUGUUCAUGGGGUAGGGGAUGGACAGGACCUUCAAAUCACUGCUGUCCAAGCACCUCGAGUGUUUGUUUGUUUGCUUGUUUGAAUAGUUGAGGAAACUGAGUCCCAGAGAAGUAAAGUAACUUGCCCGAGGCCUCUCAGCUUGGGCCUCCAAUUGUCUAAGACUACUGACCUUUUAACUUGGCCUGGAUGUGGGAUUUCAACCUGGGCUUUUUCUCUAGAAUAGGAACCUUCGAAUAACUGGCUGGACAGCAGCAGCAUUUUUCUCAGGAGGUCCUACAGCAGGAGCUUUUACCAAGGUCACUAUUCUCCUGUGUGAAGUAAUCCAGAAUACCGAAUACCUACACAUCAGGACGUGGGGCCACUGGAUCUGCCUUCUGCCCUCAGCUCCAAAAAUUCCAAACAGAUUCCAUGACAGCCCAGAGGUCGCUCAGCCCAGUAACAGCUGGACAGUCUGAGCUGGCAGCCCUAGCCCACUCUGACGACCCCUCUCUUCCAGAAUCCUUAGGCUGUAACUCUCAGAGGCUCUGGCUCUAAGCGAGGGUCUGGGUGGGCCCCAGGCUGGUCAGCCCUUCAGAGGUCCUGCUGGGCUGGAUGGAACCUGUCCAGGACUGAGGGUUGGCAUAGUCAGGCUGACACACCGGCUUCAGGGACUGAGACACAGGCUGCUUGAAUGUCUCAUCAGUAAGAGAAUUCCUGCCCCAGUGACUGCUGGGACCAGCUGGGAUGGUCAGGAUCGCAGAGUCUGGUGGGGGCCUUGGGGGGAGGGGUGUCAACAGGGACCAACCUGGACAAUGCUGAAUUCUGGUCCUUAGACGAUGGGUUGGGCCUGAGUCUCCAUACCUGCCUGCUUUUCCCUCCCUCCCUCCCACCCUGUGCAGUAGAACCAAGACUAUUCACCCUCCUCCGGGCUUUAUCUUCUUGGUCUGGUUUGGGUAAUGGGGUGAGCAAUGCUGCAGCUUCUCACUCGACUUUAAAUAUCAGCACUCGGCCAACUGUGAAUCUCUGCACGUGGUGGGGUC